AUGUACAAAGGCCAGUUCCACAAGUGGGAGUGGUCAAAGUACAACACCAGAAAGGGACGAAGCCAGAACGCCUUGAUGCCCGCUCAGUCCAGGGCAACAAAGAAGCGAGCACACGACGCCAACAAUACCGUCAGUAGUGAGACGGCCGCAGCUCACCUUGACUUUGAUCUUCCAACUGUCCAUUCAACUGGGAGCCAAGCUGUGAUGGCAAGAGUUGGAAAUGCGAUGAACACGCCGCUCUUGCAUCAAAACUCCGACUUUCGCAAUGUUGAAUUCUCUCUCGAUGCGUACAAGGCGCUGAUCAACAUUUGGUCCCCCGGUGACAAGCCGUGGAAGUCUUCGAUUCCGUCACCUCCCACCGCGCCUGCUGGAACCAUACUUCAACAAGUUCAGCAAGCGCUAGCUUUGUUUGACCGGGGGCAGAAUGCAGGAGGAAUCCGAAUCCUGGACUCGGUCAAUGAAAGAAUAGCCUCUGCUCUCACAAUCACCGCAUCCUCUUCUUCUUCGGCAGCCUGUGGUGACAACAAGACCGGCACCGAGAUCACCACCACCACCACUGCCACCACCGCCACCACUGCCAGCAUCCCCAUCGAAAUCAUAUGGGACUGUUUUCUUGCCGUCCCCCAGCUGAUCCUCACCGCCAACCGGCCCGAGCUACUAAGUCUCUUCAUGGACUACCUCGCCCGCUACGCCAACAUCACCCUGUCGUCGGGGCACCCCCUUACCAAAAUUUCAUGCCAUCUCGCCGCCUUGACCCGUGCGUUUUCCAUCCACCGCCAGCAAAAGAACAAUCACCCCCAAACCAGCCAAGAAGAAGCCCUCAACAUGCUCAAAAUGUAUGUCUCCGAGUCCUGGACCCUCUGGCUCGACCUCAUCACCGAGACACGCGGGCCGAAAGACCAUGUCACCAUCCACCUCCGCCGCGGGUACGCAGUGCUCAUGGAGGAAGAUGGCGAUUCCCCGGGACGAGGAAGCUCAAGGUUACUUACCGAUUUUACGUCCAGUCUGGACGAGUCGAUCCAGAUCCGCGGGGAGGAGGCCACCACUGCACGGGUGCUAGAGUUGGAGGAGUUACUGGCCAAGAUGUACAUGCCACUUUUUACGCCAAAGAAGCUGGCGCACGCGGAGAAGAUGCUCAAAGAUGUGAUCACAAAGGUGGUGACGAGGCUGGGGAAAGGGGGGACGAGGGCGGACACAGAAAUGGGGUACAAUGACCGGUUUUUGCUCUUCAUUGUCAAGCACUUCUUGGCAAGGAUAGCAGAUCAUGAAGGGAAUUUGGAAGCUGGGCGGAAGUGGAGGAGGGAGAGCUUGGAGACGGAGAAGAAGGAUUUGUUUUGGAGGCAGACGUCGCAGAUGGUGGAGGAGGGCUUGAGGGCGGAUGGGAGGGAGGAGGAGGCGGAAGAGAUUAAGCGGGAGAUGGAGGAAGUGAUGCCCAAAGAGGAGUAG